AUGCCUGUUUGGAUGUAUGGACUUGUCACAAUUUCAAUAUCGGUUGGCCAUACUAGGAGGAAUCAACUCUCACUUCAUUUUUUCUUAUAUGGCAAACGCACUUAUGGAAGUGAAAUUUAUGAAUUAUGGACUCUUAUAGAAAAACAGAGAUUGGCGCAAGAGAAAUUAAAUAAUGAACAAUUUGAUAAUGUCUCAAGAUAUUCACACGCUUUGACUGGUGCUACAGUGACAAACUUGAACAGCACCAUCAACGUUACUGA